AUGGUCGUAGCAGACGUCGAAAAGAUGUACCGACAGUUCUUGAGGAGUCUGGAUGACACACCGCUUCAAUGCAUACUCUGGACAGCACCUGAUGGAAAGGUAGUGGCGUACGAGUUACUAACGGUGACAUAUGGUACGAAGUCCGCGUCGUAUCUGGCCACUCGUGCGUUUCAACAACUAGCGAACUACGAACGAAAGCAGUUUCCAUUAGCGGCACUUACGAUCGAAGAAGACGUUUACAUGGACGAUGUUAUAUCUGGAGCAGACAACGUCGAAGCGGCGAUCGAAUUAAGGAGACAAAUCGACACAAUGAUGAUCAGCGGAGGAUUAAAACUACGUAAGUGGGCAUCGAACUGCCCAGACGUACUCAAGGGCAUUCCAACUGAGAAUCUAGCACUUCCAGAUUCGAAUGGAAUCGAUUGGGACCAAGAUGCUGAAGUAAAAACAUUAGGAUCAACUUGGCUUCCUAACGUAGACUGCUUCCGGUUCAAAUUUACCAUUCCGCCACUCACGCCAUUCCAAAUCCUCACGAAGCGACAAUUGUUGGCUUUCAUCGCAAGACUUUUCGACCCGCUGGGCCUGCUCGGUGCAACGAUCACAGCGGCAAAGAUCUUCAUGCAACGGCUCUGGUGCUUGAAGAACGAACAAGGCAACAAUCUACAAUGGGAUGGGAUGUUGUAG